CAUUGGACCAGUGAUCGCAUUGCACGCGUUUUAAAUCGAAUAGAGUUUUUUUACAACCAAUUUCGCGCGUGUUUAUUUUUGUGUUGCCAAUUAAAACAAUAUUUUUUUGUUAAAAUUUUUGAAACGAUCGGAAAAAUACCGCCUGGUUACCGCAGUAUGUGGCUUCGAUUCUGUCUCAUCGCAUCGAUCACAACGGCAAGCACACAACAAAUAAACAAUUUUCAGACGCCUUCACAAGAUGCCGCUAAAGUCGAAUGGGGUUGGGAAAUGUCAACAGUCGCCGAGGACUCCUCUACUGCGGGACAUUACUACGUAAAACUGCCUCAGGCAGAACAACGGGUUCGGUAUACGGCAGACGACACCGGCUAUCACGGCGCCGCGGCGUUGAACGCGAGCGACGACCACCACUCGCACACAGCCAACUUCGCCUUAGGGCAGACCGCUAUAGAUCUCAAUAAACUGGAUUAUGGAGGGCCAACCACCACGAUACAGCCAGCUAAUCUAGUCUCGUCUAAUACUCAGCCAAUCGAUAUAUUUCUCAUCCAACAACAGUUCACAUCUCCUUCCGCUCAAGAAAAUAAUUUACAGAUAUCGUCACCAUCCAAUAUUCAAUACUCCGCACCGUAUAUAACGCCAUUUUACCAAAUACAAACACAGCGUCCAAAUGUCAAUCAAAAGAACGCAUCCAAAAAUCCCAAUGAAGAAGACUUAAUUCAGGAAAAAACUGAUGAAACUAUUGUUACUCCCUUACCCAUUCUCCAAGUGUUCAAAAACCAUAAAUGCAGUACCGAAAACCCUAAUACUGAUGUGGCUUCAGAGACAGUAGAUGAUAGCCUAAAUAGUUCCAAAGAUUUAAUCGCGGAUAUUACAUCCUAUGAAAUUCACAAGAUCAACAACUUUGGUCUGAGGGACGAAGCUAAAAGACCACUUACGUACAGAGGGGCUGUGCAUUUCAAAGUUGAAACACCCAGACCUAACGCUAGAAACGAAAGGUUUUAUUAUACAACUGAUUAUGCGCCGAUUAUAUCUGAAUCAAAUAAGGUUAAUAUUACACAAGAAGGGAUCAAAAAAUUAGUGGCUUCCACACAGGACCUAAUUAGCAACGAAGAUCUUUUAAAAAUCAACCACGCCGCAGAGAAACACGUAAAUGAUCUUUCCGAAGACAUCAUCAAACCUAAACCUAGAUUUCAUGCACAGACUAAAUCUAGAAAUCUUAAAAUUGAGAAUAGACCAACCGAAAUCACUGUGAGAGCUAAAAUAGAAAACAUAUUACGCGAUAUCGAAAACACGAGUGAUAAAUCUAAAUCGAAUAUCAUAGAAACAAAUUCUAAUGAUUAUAAAUUUGCAUCUCCUAUCGUUGUUCCUGACAAUACAUACGCUGAUUUCAAAGAGCAAAUCGUGAAUAACCUUGUUUCUACAAUGGUACCGUACAUCGCAGAUGGCUAUCAGAUCGUUGAUGUAAAAAGCGGAUACAACAAUACCAGUGACAUUGAUAUUAGUCAUGACACUGACGAGAAUGUAGUAGAUGUAACACCAAGACCGAUUGGCCAGAACUAUCUAGCACCAAUCACCGUAGCUUUAAGACUGCUCAAUGCAAACCAAUCGGUGACACUUAACGCGGUGGAUGAUCACGAAGCUUCUGACAGCGAACAAAUUAGUGAGACGGUCCAAAGUCCGAAACGUGAAAGAACCAUUGUCGAAGUUCAAGAAUCGUUACCGGUUGAAAUAACGCACAUAAAUGACGUUGAGGUGCACGAGUACUUAGAGGAAGGUAAAAGCAACGAUAAAGAACAUUUAGAAUUAGCUAAAUCGCUCUACAACACGUAUAUUGACGCCUUACGAUCGUCGAAGAGAAUCCAAGAUAAUUCCAAUAAGAUGCUAUAUCAAUAUGGUACUAUGAAUAGUUAUGAAAGUUCAGACAGUACAGAGAAGCAGGAUUACGAUUCCAAAGAGAAUCUGGAACAAAGUGAAAAUAUGCAAUCCGAGGUGCAAGUCAGACCGGACGAGGAUAAUGAUAGAAGCGAGUCGAUCGAUUACUACAAUAAUUAUGAGAAUCAAAAAAUAAUACAACCAAUUAUUGUCGAAAAAGAGGUACCUGUAACUAAAUUCGUUGAUAGGUAUAUUGAAACACGAGUUCCAUACCCGGAGGCCGUGCCGGUACCGGUUGAUAGGCCAGUCCCAGUGGCGGUACCCUAUGAAAAAAUCGUAGAAAAACCUGUCGAGGUCACGAGGUACGUCGACAAACCGUACCCGGUUGAGGUACCGAGGCCUUACCCGGUCCAAGUCAAAGUACCGUAUCCGGUCGAACAAAAGGUAUACGUCGACAGACCUGUACACGUGCCAUAUUCGGUGGAAAAGGUAAUUGAGAAACAAAUCCUCCACCCGGUUCCCAUACCGACUCCUGUAGGAAUACCUUACGCAAUUCAAAUACCCGUAGAACACAAAAUAUUAUACCCGAUAACCGUCGAGAAACCAGUUCCAAUACCUGUGGAAGUCGAAAAACCGGUACCGGUUGAAAAGGUUGUACACAAAGAGAUACCAGUUCCGUACCCGGUUGAAAAACGCGUACCUUAUCCGGUUCCGUAUGAAACAAAAGUAGCUAUACCUGUACCUAUAGAGCAUAGGGUGCCUGUAGAAAAAAUUGUAGAAAAGCCUGUUACUGUAACUAAAUACGUAGAGAAACCUGUACAUAUCGAAGUACCACGGCCGGUAGCUAUACCGGUUCAUAUUCCACAACCAUACCCGGUUGAUAGAAUUGUUGAAAAGAAAGUACCAUACCCGGUUCCGGUGGAUAGAAUCGUGGAAAAGAAAAUUCCAGUCAAAGUUCCGUAUGCGGUCGAAAAGUAUGUCGAGAAAAUUGUCGAAAAACCGGUCGUGUUGACGAAGUACGUUGACAAACCUUAUCCCGUGGAAAAGCGGGUUCCUUACCCGGUUGAGAAGAUAGUAGAGAAACGGGUACCCUACGCUGUGCAAGUACCGUACGAGGUCAGAGUACCGUACCCGGUCGAAAAACCUGUUCACAUACCCGCGUACCGCUACUACUCGGAUGAGGAAGCGAGACACAUUAUCCACUACCAGAAGCCGGAUCAACGUAAUACACAAACGCAGUUAUCACAAGCCCAAGCGUACGCGCGAUAUUUACAAAGUUUGAGUGAUAAAUACAGAAAUAACCGAAACGUGCAAUCAACUCUCUGGGGUAAUCAAUACGCAUCUUCGUACCAAUAUUUUAAUAAAACCGACAAACAGAGCGGUUUGAAAAAUGCGCAAAACGUAGCUAACUAUAUCAAGUAUUUACAACACACACAGAGUAAAUCGUUAAAUCAUAAUGGUUUGAAUAGAAACCGGAGUGAUUUUGUCGGAUAUCAACUCCGCGGGGCGGUGUUGCGCGCUCCUAAAACUUUGAAGAUCGAAUAUGGAGGUUUCAAGCCUCCAUUGGUUCCGAGUACUGAGGUAGACUUAGACGGGAUACCAGUAAAUAAACGGGACGAUUAAUCAUGUCACGAGUGCUCUGAGGAAUUGUUUGAGAUGAUACCAUCAUCUCGUUUUUACUAUCGCCCCGCUCGCCACCGGAGUAGAUUUCAUCCAUACUACCUGGAGCCACUACGAUCAUCCACAGUGCGCUUCCAGAGAUCUUUUUUGCCACGUACCAUCCGGCUUUGGAAUGAGCUCCUCUCCACGGUGUAUCCCGAGCGCUAUGACAUAUCCUUCUUCAAACGAGGCUUGUGGAGAGUACUUAACGGUAGGCAGCGGCUUGGCUCUACCCCUGGCAUAGUUGAAGUCCAUAGGCGGUAACCACUCACCAUCAGGUGGGCCGUAAGCUCGUCUGCCUACACGGGCAAUAAAAAAAAAGAAAAUGAACAAGUAUUGUUCAAAUUCUAAACCUAUAAAAGAUCUAGUAGAUCUCGGGGUCUAGUUUGAAAUGAAAGCUGUUGUGCAGUUGGAGUUUCGACCCAUGUCUCAAACCAGAUGGCGGUAUUUACGUUGAGGUCCAGCCUAUAAUAGCUCAAUACCAGGUUAGCAGGAAGCGUCUAUAACAAUAGUUUGUGACUUAUGACAUUGUUACAAAAAAAUACAUUGUUUUUCACUCAGCACGCAUUGUACGAUGUUUGAAAUUAGCUGAUGUGCGGUGUCAAUGUCGCGCUGGGAGCUAUACAUUGCGCAUUCGCCAAACAUAUUAUUAUAUUCCGGCCAUGUUCCACAAGCAUCACGCAAUGUCUAUGACAUAUCUAAUAAAUAAUGUUAAUGUUUUGUGUUAGUUAUUGGUAAUUAUUUAUAUAAAGUUAUUUAAUAUGUAUAACAUUUUAUGGUCGACAUGUGAGGGUAAAUCACUGUUGUACGAAUUAAACAUACUUAGUGUUGUAUUGAAAUGCUUAAAAGAUAAAUAUUCUUUUUCAGUUUUUAUUGUCUACCUACAUAAUGCAUAAAAAAAUGGACAACAUAUUUUCCCUAGUAUUUAGAAUAUUUAAAAACAUAGUCUCAAUUC